AUGACUGGGCAUGCUACAGUCGGUGCCCUUUGCUGCAUAUUCGGCGGAUUACAGGCUCUAUAGGUCAUGAGACUUGUAAAGAAGCACAGCACUCUCUCAGAAUAUACUAGGCAUCUUAAAGAAAAUGAUAUAAAAACAGUUAGCGAGUCAAUUGCAAUUGCUGCAAAUCAAUAAUAGGACAAGAAAAAGCAUAUCAUAUUCGUAGAGGGCAAGGCAGUUUCUGGCAAAUAGAUUCUAAAUGCUAAUGCUAAGAACCUAAGUAGCUCUGACACCAUAAAACUUUUAGAGGAAAGCAAAUCUUAAAGCGCAAAAAAAGUUCUUUACUCCUCAAACAAUUACAUCAAAAAAGGUUUGUUCUUAGACAAGUAUUUUGACAAAGAUAUUGAAGCUUAAAACUUCUACUUAAUGGAGAAAUCCAAAGGAGAUGGGAAGAUUCGCUAUAUACAGGUGUAUCCAAGUUCAAAGACUGCUGCCUAUAACUUAACUAUUGCUGAAAAGGAAUCUGAUUCAAGCUUUAAAAAUGGCAUUUGGAACAGGUUAAUAAACACAUUCCUCUAUGCUGGAUCCUAUGUCUACUAUACCAAGCAUUCAUAGGUUGUAUACGAGGGAGAAAACCUCAGCGUCUUUGGUACCUUCUAACUGAACACCUAUACAAACAAGUGGGAAAUCGACAAUCCCAUUGCCUUCUUUGACGGCACUAAGGACUUCAUCAUGAGUUAACUCAGUUCAGAUAAAUUAUGGAACGCGUUGAGUAUUGGCUUUAGAGGGGCAAUAGUUGGUGGAUUAGUAUACUAUGCUGGCAAAUCAGCAGUCAGUUUUGUUCAGAGUUUUAAAAGGCAUCUAUAGUACCUAGCUAGACAAAAGCUUGAACAAGAGGAUAAGGCUUCUCAAAUCAAAGAUGCACCACCCUUCGUGAGGGAGGGCAUUGAUAAGAUUGAAAUCGAAGACUUCGCCUGCGUUGAAUGCAAUAGUGAACCUAGAAAUCUUAUCUUCUUGCCUUGCAAAGAUUGUUACUUGUGUGAGGGAUGCUAUAAAUCAAAAACAGAUAAAUUCCGCUGUGACAGAUGCUAAGCCUCAGUUGACAAACUCAUUAAGAUCUAUGUAACCAACAAAGACUGA